CCUGCCCAGCCAGUCCGCCCGCCCGCCCGCGCCACCCACGGACCGACCAUGCGGUUGUGCGGGGCGCUCCUGAAGAGCCCCGUCCCUAAACAGAUCGAGUAUUACUCUCGCUUUUCUCCGUCGCCGCUCUCGAUCAAGCAGUUCCUGGACUUCGGGCGUGAUAAUGCAUGUGAAAAAACAUCAUAUAUGUUUCUGCGAAAAGAACUUCCUGUGCGGCUUGCUAAUACCAUGAGAGAAGUGAACUUGUUGCCUGACAACUUGCUGAAUAGACCUUCAGUUAAGCUAGUCCAGAGCUGGUAUAUGCAGAGCUUUCUUGAGCUUUUAGAAUAUGAAAACAAAAGUCCGGAAGAUCCACAUGUUUUAGAUAACUUUUUAGAUAUCUUAAUUAAAGUCAGGAACAGGCACAAUGAUGUUGUUCCAACUAUGGCCCAAGGAGUAAUUGAAUACAAGGAAAAAUAUGGCUUUGACCCUUUUGUGAGCAGUAAUAUCCAGUAUUUUCUAGAUAGAUUCUACACCAACCGAAUCUCGUUCCGGAUGCUUAUUAACCAGCAUACACUGCUUUUUGGUGGAGUCACUAAUCCUGCUCAUCCCAAACAUAUUGGGAGUAUUGAUCCUACUUGUAAUGUGUCUGAUGUAGUGGAAGAUGCCUUUGCAACUGCUAAGAUGUUGUGUGAGCAGUAUUAUCUGGUAGCUCCUGACUUGGAAAUUGAAGAAUUCAAUGCUAAAGCACCGGGCAAACCUAUUCAAGUAGUUUAUGUGCCCUCACAUCUAUUUCAUAUGCUUUUUGAAUUAUUCAAGAACUCAAUGCGAGCUACAGUGGAAUUACAUGAAGGUAAAUCUGGAGGCUAUCCAUCAAUUAAAACAUUAGUCACUUUGGGUAAAGAAGAUCUUUCUAUAAAGAUUAGUGAUAAAGGUGGUGGAGUGCCUCUCAGAAAAAUAGAUCGCCUGUUUAACUACAUGUAUUCGACUGCCCCAAGGCCUAGUUUGGAGCCUUCGAGAGCUGUACCUUUGGCUGGAUAUGGAUAUGGCCUGCCAAUCUCUCGUCUUUAUGCCAGAUACUUUCAAGGUGAUCUCAAACUGUACUCAAUGGAAGGUGUGGGCACUGAUGCUGUAAUUUAUUUGAAGGCACUUUCCAGUGAAUCAUUUGAAAGACUGCCAGUUUUCAAUAAGUCAGCUUGGCGACAUUACAAGACCACCCCAGAAGCUGAUGACUGGAGCAACCCUAGCAGUGAACCCAGGGAUGCGUCCAAAUAUAAAGCAAAUCGAUAACUCACCAACCUUUUCUACCUUGAUGGUGACACCUUCACACAGAAAUGAGUCUCUCCUUUGUUUCAAAUUCCCAGAUCUGCAAAUUUCCAGUAGUACAUUACUUCCCUAGAAGGACCUGUUACGGGACUAAAAUUUAAGAACGGAGAGACUGUAAAAGACUGUUGUACUGCAUUUUUGGUGUGAGUUGUUAUAACCACUUUGCCAAACAUGCUUGGUUAGUUGAGUUACAAGUGACAAAAGGGGUUACACUGUGGGUUCAAUUAGAUUACACAACUGUAUAUUAAAAGGGUACUAUAUUUUUAAAGGUCAGUUUCUAGUCCAAGGUAAGAAUCUGCAAAAGUGUUUUGACUCCUUAUUUGAUAGUAGUGUCUUACACAGCAAUAUAAUGUAACAGACAAAUUCCAGUAUAGUUGAAUAUCUGGUCACACUGCUGUAUAUUUAUAUGGUACAAUGUAAUAUGCUACAUUAAAAAAACAGCAUACUAUGGGGGAUUUUCUGAUUUUACCAUCAAAUUAGUUUUUUAAAAGUUCAUCAUGUUUCUUCCCACAAUUCCAAGAGCUCAUUUCUUCAGUGCUGAAGAAAUUUGAAAACAUUAAAAUGUUUACUUUCUAAUAGCUAUAUGAAUAGGUUUUUUUUCAAAAAUUGAUCACCCUUUAAGAAUUUCUUUUGCCAAGCCAAAUUGAAUAUGGAAUAACAGCCAAAUCAUUUGUAUAUACCUGAAUCAAUUUCAGCUGAUGGAGAAGACAGGAUUACUUUGGAGUCUGAGAUUUCGUACGUAUUGACAUUAUUUUAAGCAAACCCAGUAAGAAGUAGGCCAGCCAGUUAUUUAAGUGAAUUUAAGUGAAUUAAUCAUUUAAAACCCACUUAAUAUAAAAAGGAAAUAAUUAACAAGAGAGUCACAAAGACAAGGUUAGCAGAAUAAUGAGAGUAAAUGUUAGAACUUAAGAUUAGUUAAUAUUUACUGGGGCAUGAAUUGAAAAUAGCUGUCUAGAACAGUCGUUCUUUCAAGAAGACAAAUUCUGAGGUAAAUUCUGAGGUAAACAAAAUGGCCUCAAACUGAAGUCAUGCAAUAACCUUUAGUCAUCCACUGCCUCUGGUAUUACGCCUCUAAAGAGAACAUGACUUGAGAAGCAAUGAAGGAAAAGCUGUGAUGAUACCAUUUUGCAGGAGCCAAGCUAGAAUGGGAAUUCAGAGCACCAAAACACAUUGCUCAAUAUCUGUAUAUUUAUUUUCUUAACAUUGUUUUGACAGUAAGAGACUAUGAACCAAAUGUUAUUUGGAUAAUCCCUGGUCUGUUAGGCAAACAAGGAAAAUUCUCUAUGUCAGUCUUAUUCAAGCACAUAAAUUGUUCAAAUAACAAUUAAACCUGACUUACCCCACUUCUAACAGAGAACUAUCUAAAAGCACUGUUAUGGGACUAAUUUUGUUUGUACAUUUUGUAUCAGUGGCUACAUACAUGAAUUUUAAAUGUUUUUAUGAAUGUAUACAAUAUUGGCACCUCUCUAAGCAUCAUAUUCAUCUUUGCACUCUAAAAAAAGUGAAUCCGCAUACAUGAAAUCUGUAAUAUAUUCUUCCAGUGAGUCAUAAUUUAAUGAUAGGGAAGUCAGUUUUAGGGUGAGGUUCAAACUGAUAGAAUUAAAACUUGUAAUAUCUGUAGGCAAGCAUGACCAACUUCUAAAACUCUUAAUUUAUUUAUUGUGGAAAAAGUCUGCCACUCUUGUUGAGAAGACAUGUUUUAUGUUAAACCUACAUCUAACAGUGAGAUAAGAUUUUUCAUUAAUAUUUUGAUAAUUUGUUUUUCACUCUGAAGAGACAGGAUGGAAAAAUCUGUUAAACAGCCAGUCAUGUGAACUUUCAAUCAGAAAAAAUUAAGUCGAUGCUGGAUACAGUUCAACUAAAUUUUGUGUUAUCUGUUUCAGAUCUCACUAUGUCACUUCAAUGCUAAGUUGUUCAGCGUACAAAACACUGGUAAUUUUCUAGAAAAUGAUGUCUACAUAAGAAUUUUUUUUAUUUUUUUUAUUCAAUACUUCAGUACGGUUUGGGUUGUGUUGACACUGUUAUGGUUUAAUAUCCAUAAGACAUCAUUGAGACCAUACGACCUGUCCUACCUUUGUUAGAAAAAUAGAGGUUCAUGGCUGAGGUGUUCUGAUUAUAUAAAUCCUAUGUACAGCUUCAAUGUGACUUUGGAAGAAUGUUCAUCACAUUUUCUGCAGAACCACAUGAGAUGGAAUUUGCUUUUACUCCUUGUCUUUGUUUUGUUAGCAGGGAGCAAUUUUGACCAGAAAAAUAACCAGAGGAGAUAGGAUUUUUUCCUGUUGCUCUUUUGCUCUUGAUUGCUACUUUCCAACACAAAUGCCUACCCCUGUCCCACACAAAUGAAAAACCAUCAGUCAGAGUAUUUUCUUUGGUUAUAUCUAGAUAGGCCAUAUCCAGUUCUAUCCUGAAGGAGGUUAAAGACAGCAUUCUAAGAGGUAAUAUAUAUGUGAGCUCCCUGUUGCUCACUUUUCUGAAAAGCUCAGAGAAUUAAGAAAUGCCUAUAAGAAACAAGAUGCCUAUAAGAAAUAAGUGGGAAUAAAUACUGAGUAUUUAUAUGCCACACUUUGAAUGUUCACAGUAUCCUGUAUAAUGAUUUGAAUAAGCAUUACCACCGUAUGGUUACAAUAGCUCAAGCUGUAGUUUGUACUUUCAUUGUUACCACUGUUUCUGAUUCCUGUAUGAAAUUUCCGGAUGAAAUGUUCCUAUGAAACCUAUGAGCAAUACAGUUACGUAUCAUUUGUCUCUUGAUUAAAGGGCCAAAAAUCUUUUGGUCCCUGUGUAAUGGAAGUGGACCCUUCCUCUCCUUGCCACACACAUGUAUGUAAUGCAGUGAGUUGUUAUUGCUACAGCUCAGUCUUGGACACUGGAUCUUGCCUCCAAGCAAGCAAGUGAAAUCUGAUUUUGUGCCCUGGUGCACAGGAUUCGCAGCAAAUGUUGUAUUGACUCUGUAUUAUAAACCAGUACAUAGAUUGGAAGAAACAGACAAAUCUGAUAGUGUAAUUGCUAAGAAAUGUUGUGAAACAAGGUUGAAAAACACCUGCAGUAGAUCAAGCCACACUUUUCAGCAUAAAAACACACAUCUUGUGUGUGUGUUCUUCGAUGACACACACACAGGCGAACAUAGACCUUUCUCUUUUCUGAACCAUUUGACAUGCAUAAGAAUAAUUUUAUAACAGUUUUAAAACUGAGCCCUGCCUCAUCCCAGAACAAAUAAUUGCAAGUGACUCAUAAAUGCAAUAUAACUUACAUAGGUUGGUGACAGGUUUUAAAAAAAUAUUUAAGUAUUGUAGCUUUUUAUUGCUCUUUCUUGAAUGACUAAGGCUGCCUUAUAAGUGUACCAGUCCAUCAGUAAACCUAGUUGUCUCCUCAGAUUCUUUCUAGAAUACAGUGUGCUGUUAUGCCAAGAAAUUCUUUGUUUUGGUAUCUCUUGACCUUGUUGCAUGCCUUUUACUUCUAAUUGAAAACCUUAAGAAGAUGUUACUAUCUGGGGAAAGGUACAGUGACUCAUGGGGGAAAUGGAUGACUGUCUGGGACAGAUGGAGCUUUUCCUCUUAUGGUGAUCACUACAGUAAGUCUUAGCUGCCAAGAACAAAGAAAUCUGCUGUAGGAGUCCCAGAAACUUAAUGUCUUUCACCUUGAUUGUUUUAUUUAAUUUUUCAUAGGCAGCAGUAGUUUCAGUGCCAAAUUUUGGCUGGUGUGGGCUGAGUUUUACCUGUCUUGUUCCCUGGAAAUGUGCCUCCCAUCCCCCAGCAGUAAUUUGUUAAAGUUCUUGCCAUCGGUAACUUCUCAAUUGUAUUAUGUUCUAAUACUUGAUGUUAUUUCAUACAUAUGGAUUCUGUUUAUAAGCCACUGAACUCUCAUGUAGACCAAUUGAUUUAAGAACCAGAUUAUACAAUUACCUUAUAAUAAAGUCAGUUGGGGAUUGUUGAA